AUGAGUCGCAAGAUGUUUUUCGGUAUAAAUAGCUUUAUAGCACCUGAGGAAGCAAUUGCAGAGUCUGAUGAUGAUGACCGUGAAAAUGAUUUGGCGAUAAUACCACCUGAUUCCUGUAUCGUGACUGACGAAAUGGAAGAGUCUGAUGAAGAUAGGGUUGUUAUACGUUGUCAUGAGAUGUGCUCGAAAAUAUUGAAGUUAUAG